UAUGCAUACAUGUAUGCAUCAAAGUUCAACAUUACUUACGACAAUGGUUAUAUCUGUAAACCUUUCACAUCACUGUUGCUCUGAUGCUGCAUGCUACAAUGAAUCAAAUUGUUCGCAAAUUUGGUAGUACAACUUCCUUGAUUAAAUGCAAUCGACUAGAAGGAAAAGUUGCGAUCGUGACAGCAUCGACAAAUGGCAUAGGUUUCUCCAUAGCGAAACGUUUAGCACAGGAAGGUGCUAAAGUAAUGAUCAGCAGCCGCAAGGAAUUGAAUGUAAAAAAUGCGGUAGAAAAACUUCAAUCUGAAGGAUUAGAAGUUGCAGGUACUGUUUGCCAUGUAGGGAAAUCAGAAGAUAGGAGAAAAUUAUUUGAGAAAACUAAAGCAGAUUUUGGAGGUUUGGAUAUUCUGGUAUCUAAUGCAGCAGUUAAUCCAACAGUAGGAACGGUAUUAGAAUGCUCAGAAGAAGCAUGGGACAAAGUUUUCGAUAUUAAUGUAAAAAGCACGUAUCUGCUCAUGAAGGAAUCCCUGCUACUGCUUAAGCAGAGUAAAUCACCGUCUAUUAUUAUUAUAUCUUCAAUCGCAGCAUAUCAGCCUUUCAGCUUACUAGGUGUAUAUGCAAUCAGCAAAACUGCUUUACUUGGAUUAUGUAAAAAUACUGCGGAUGAACUGGCGCGCGACGGAAUUCGUGUGAAUUGCAUCGCACCAGGGAUCAUAAAAACGAAUUUUUCACGUGCGCUGCAUGAGUCGAAAGAAGCACACGAAAUUGCUGUAUCAACGAUUAGUAUGGGAAGACUUGGGCUACCGGACGAAAUUGGAGGUACAGCUGCAUUUUUAGCGAGCGAUGAUGCUUCUUAUAUUACUGGUGAAGUCGUAGUGGUGUCUGGUGGAAUGAAAUCUAGACUCUAAGCUUUUUUUUUUACAUCACUAUGAAGUUUACAGUUUAAUCAUAUUAUUCCUUUGACAAUAAUAUACACACAGAUAUAUAUAUAAAUGGUCAAUAAUAUCGAAGAACUAGAUUCUUAGAUCCGACUCAGAAUACCGGCCAUAAUCUGAUUUAGGGAUGGGAAAAACAUUGAUGUUCGCUCGUUGAGAAUGGUAUUCCAUCUAGAGGAAAUAUUAGGGACUCUAGAAAUGCUCUAUCCGACAAACUCGUCGUAUGAUCAAUCCUCAAUGAGUAAACAUUGGUGAUUUUGCCCUACACUCGAAGCUGAAAUAAUUCAACUUCUCUUUGACGCUAACGUCAAUUUGGCAUGUAAGAAAACUUUGCUGUCAGAUAACUUCCAGCCGGUAAAUUUGUUGAAAUUUGUGUUAAAAAUCAGCGUAAAUAACUGCGAAAAUGCAGUUUCACAAAAAUAUUUAAUAUAUUUUAUUGUAGGCUAUGUAUAUAUCGAUAAAAAUAUCAAGGAGGGGUGGGGAGGGGCGGAUCGUAAAUAAUAAAAUUAAUACUUUCAUUAUGUCUUGAAAGAUACUCAGCAAAUAAUUGUGAUAACAUAUCAAUAAAUAAUAACAAAAUGGUUGGA